GGCUCGCUCAACUCCCAAAAUACAUGAUGAACCGACGCGAUCUCUGUUUCUGCAUCUAGGCACCGCGGGAUUCCUCUCUCUUUUUCCCCCCCCCUCCCCUUCCUUCACUCGCCUCGCGCCCACUGUUUGGGCAGCUCUGCCGACAAGACAAGCACGCCUUCUGAGAAGUGUUUUUUGGACCGAGUUUUUGUUUUUGUCGCAGUAGCCCCCCUCCCCGAGAGGCAGCCGAGGCCUCCCGCGACUCGACAUGAUGCGCCUCUACCUGCUGCCCAUCUCGACAAGGCGCACCCUCCUGUACUGCCAGCGACUGAACGCGCCGGCGUCGGAAAAGCAGACAUGGUCGGACUGGAUCCAGGCCAAGGCCGCGCGCACAUGGUCCGGCUGGGAGAAGAAGGAGAACGGCUGGCAGAAGUCGGUCGCCAACUACGGCAACCAGGUGCUACGCCGCAUUCCCUACGAGGAAUGGGGUUUGAAAUUGGUUCCCCCGCUAUCCCAGCGCCGGAAGCAGGUUGAGCUGAAGGGCACUGAAAAGGUCGAGGUUAUCUACCCCAAAAGCCUGCUGGUCAUGGACCAGGUACCUACUAUCCUGUACCGCCUGGCGACCGAGAGGGAGGCACUUCACAAGAGGCGGUUGUUCUGGUGUUUCGUCGGCAUGCCCCUGACGGCCCCGAUUGCGAUCCUUCCACUCAUUCCCAACCUUCCGUUCUUUUACCUAGUCUAUCGCGCCUGGUCGCAUUGGCGGGCUCUGGCGGGCGGGAGGCACCUCCAGUUUCUCGUCAAGAACAACCUUCUCGUCGCGACGCCAUCUCCCGUCGUCGACGAGGUGUAUGCCCAGCAGAAGCAGCCGCUCCCGUCUACCCCCGAGCCAACAACGGGCUCCAACGAGAAACUCGUCGGCAACCCCGGUCCCGCGUCGUCAACUGGCGCACAAGACCGGAAUGGCGAAACCAUGUUGCUGUCGCAGGCCAAUGGGAAGAAGAUGACGCAGGCGCUCGACUUGCCCCAGCUCGAGGCCGAAUUGGAACGGGCUAUAUGGCAGGUUGAAACGGCCAUCAAUAAAAAGCAGCGCUGAAGUUGCUGCCAAGGAUUCGGAGCAGGAGAAGACGAGUGCAAACGAGAAGGAAUCGCAAUGAAACGACGCCGAACGAAAUGUAUGUUAACGUGUAAGAUCUGGCUGUCGCCAGGAGAGCAAGAGACGGUUGGCUUUGGAGUUUGUUGGCUCGGAUAUCCCGCUGCGGCCUCACUCACGAAGAGACCACCUCCUCACGAACGGGCGGUUCAAAAGAGGUUUUCAAGUCCACUCAAGCUUCUCGACCCGAAUCACAAACAGACGUGGUCAC